CCUUCUUCUUCUUCUUCAUAUGCAUCAAGCAAUUCUCUUAAUUCGGUUUCGUAUUUAUCUUUGAUAUCAUCUCAUAGAGAAAAAUGCCGAUGUUACAGACCCUCAAAAAUGAACUUGAUCAACUCAUGACAAAGAAUCGCGAGGAUGGAACGUUCGGAAAGAUGCAGGAUGAAAUGGUGAGCAAAUUAUGUGGCGAGGAACCAGAGUUUAUGGUCGAUGUGCUGCAAAUUUACAGUUAUGAUAUGACAGAGAGGUUGACCAAAAUCGAUGACCUCUAUAUGAACCCUCAAAUGAAUAUCCGCGCACUUAAAAGCCUAGUUAGGCAAAUAAAAGAGAGCAGCCUUAGUGUUGGCUGUGAGAAAGUAACUCUUGCGUGUACUGAGUUCAUGAAAGCCAUCGAACAACAGUCCAGCGUAGAUGGGUGUGAGAGGGCAUUGACACAUAUCAAACGUGAAUUCGGUCGCAUAAAAGCUGAAUUGAAGGAAAUCAUUGAGCUGAACCGGGAUAUCCGCAUAUUGUCUACACCACCACAAGAUUAGAUAUUAUGCGCAAUAAUUAAUUCUCCUUUGUCGAAAAAUGGCUGAAAGUUUGCAACUUCCCGUUGUCUCAAUAAAAAAUCCGAGGAAAACUUAGUACCGUUUCCUCUUUUGGUGAAAGCUGAAUAUGUUUUGGCUUCAGUAAUGAAUAAAAUAUCGGUUUGUAU